UCCACAUGCGGGCCAUGCGUGCGGCUUUCUCCAGAAGGAGCAAAAGGGGGCAGAGAGCACCGAGUGCAGCGGAGCUCCAGAUCACUCGCCGUUACCGAGCCACGAUAAAAGUCACCUGAAGGAUUAACGCAGAAGACCGAGAUAACCUUUCGCACGGUCUUCCUUUCGGCACCUCAACAUGGCACGUAUCGCCGCUAUGUUUUUACUCGGUCUCACUUUUUUACCGAGCAGAAGUGAAGGCGCUUCCGAAAUGUGCCGGGCGCCUCGGUGCCUCCCUCGCCGGGGGCGGAGCGCGGCACGAGGCCCGACGGACGCUCGCGCGCCGGCCUCCGGAGGGCAGCUUCGCCUCUCGACGCAAUCCGGCCGAGGUCGAGCUUACCCCGGUUACCGCCGGCAGGACGCCCGUUACGGUCUUCACCAAACCGACGCCGACGUCCACCGUCCACACGGAGGCUUCGCGCGACCGACCGGCACCGACGCUACGAGAAGGACCGACCCGAGAACCGUCCCGGCUGAGGUGUUUCAUCCCGGCUGCGCGGGCGGAACCUGCCCGACCGCUCGUCGAGCGACAGCGUCACGACAAUGCGAAGGGAACGAGUGUAACCUGGAUCUCCGCACGCGCCAGAAACCAAAGCCUUGCGUCGGCUGCAAUACGCACAAGGGAGAAGACGGGAGACGGACCUCUUCGCCGCUGCACGUAAGAGACGGAGCGACGCAAUUUACGGAGGAGCGGGCAGAAGGCGGCGCGCUGAUACAGUUGACGUGUGACACGAAAUCAGGGAGCAACGUUGUUCCUUCCGACGACGCCGUCGUCCUGCAGCUGCAGCUGUCCGAGGACCAAGACAAGCUUGUCGAGGCCUUCAAGGGUCAGCAGGAAGAGGUCAAAGUGAUGCAUCGACUCCUCAGCGAACAACAGGCGGAGCUGGUCCACCAACAGAAAGAAAUACUGAUGCAACAGAAGAACAUGCAGGACUACGUGGAGCAAGUCAAGGCACAGUACAACAUACUGUUGGACACAAUCAAGCAAAUGUCUAUGCAGAACCUCCAGGAGGAGCUGGACGGUCACAGGCAGACGGUCCUGAGCGAGCCGAGCGGACCCCGUCGCGUUCAGCACAAGGUGGACAUGGAAGCCAGUGUCGUGGAGGUGGGCCGUUCCCUCGUGGCCUGUGGGAGCUGCGGCCCUGAGGAAUACUGCGAUUUCGCCGGCGCUCAUCCCCGCUGUGACAAGUGUACCGUCUGUCCUGCCGGCUUCUUCCUGCUCGCGCAGUGUUCCGUCCACGCGGACAGAAUCUGUCAGGACAGAGAUGAAUGCCUUGAGCUCGCGGACCUUUGCGAAGAUCAACAUAAAUGCGUCAACACACCAGGUGGAUUUAGAUGUCAGGGAAUGACAGCGCGAGAGGCCAGAAGCGGCAUGUGCGGCCACGACUACUUCUACAACUUGGACAUGGAUGAGUGUCAGGCCUGUGCCGAGUGUGAAGGACAACCAGCGACAUCGCCGUGUACAUUCACAACGGACACCGUCUGCUCCGGCCCUUCUACUGGCGACAAUGUCCUCUCUCUGUCCUGGACUGGAGAUGUGAGCCAACCCGGCGCCAAAGGCCACACUGUGAAUCUGGCCUCGCCAGGCAUGAACCUUCACAUCCGGGCAGCAGGCGACGCGGGCCCGGCGGCGGCCGAGGACGGACGCCUGCGGCUGAAGAACCACGGUCUGCUGUGGCUGGACGAGAGCCUCUCGGUCGACCACGACUGCCGCAGCUUUGUUCAGGCGUGUUUGCGUAUGAGCGUCCCCGACGGCUCUGAAAGUCGCGACCUUAGCGGCGUCAGGAUCGAGCAACGGGAAGCGAGGUCGCUCCAGGGCGUCAGCCUCAGCGGGGUGGCGGAGGUCGCCCCGGGUCACGUGAUCUCCACUUCCCUGUGGAGUGCUAACCACCAGUGCAACCAGAGCGACGGUCUGCGGCUUCACGAGCCCUCGGCUGCUUCUCUGAGCCUCUUGUGGCUCUCCCACGACACCGGAGCCGUCGCCGUGACGGCACAGGCCGCGCUGUCCGCCCACUACCACACAAACCAUCGCCCUAGCUUUCGUAUCACCUCCACUUCGGACGCUUACGUGGUUGUGCCGACCCACGACGGCCGUGGGAUACGUUUUGCCGAAGGCGGCAGCGUGCGCUUCGUAUUUCAGCAGGCGUUGUACUCCAUGGGCCAGGCGUGUGUGAGUGAGGGCUUCCAGGUGUUGGCAUACCUCAAUCGUAACGGUACGGCUGCGGAGCUGUGCCGGUCCUUCAAACCGGGCGUCCACUAUCGCGACACAUCCAUUUCUCUCUCUGGAGCGACGGAAGUCGGUCCUGGAGACACACUGGCCUUUGAGGUUCUGUCUCCUGCCCAGUGCAACGUCCGUUUCUUCAGCGAUGACACCGGCAUUAGCGGCCUCAGCUUGGUUUGGGUUCCUGCUGCGAUCUCCUCCUCCAUGUAUGCCUCUGUGGCUCAAAGCGGUCUUCCUUCGGGAGCCGUCCGAAACAAGCCUCUGUUCUUCAGCCGGACCGGUACCCAGGUGUCCCAAAUGGGGCUGGCCGGGAAGGGCUCCGCAAAUUCCAGCCGAGAUUUUGUCUUCAGAGAGAGCGGCGCUGCCAGUGUAGCUCUGGACCUUAAACUGAUUCACUCCUGCAGCCUGGUCAAGGUGACUCUGCUCAGACUAAACGACCCACAGACCCCUGGGGCGGGCUGGGAGGCGGGGGGCGCGCGACCCGUCCCGCUGGCCCGGCAGGUGGGCGGACAGAUGCCCGAUGGUAGCCGGUGGGCCGGUGUAAGCCUGCGGGCGUGCUUCCAGGUGCAGAAUGGAACCACGGUGUUCUUCACGCUGGACUGCGUGCGAGGACGAGUCAACCGGGUCAGCCACCACGCAGGAAGCGGAGUGUCACUUCUCUGGGUGGCGGCGUAACAUCAGACCUUCUACCCUCUUUCAAGUCACGAGAAGAUCUGACAAAUUUCAUUAUCAAUUCCAUUUUUGUUCUGCCUUUCCUUUGCGGCUAUACCAGCUUCAACUCUAGACUGUUUCAAUGGGAUUUUUGUUCAUUUAUCCAGAAGGACAUUUGUGAUGUCACCAAUGAAUGACGACGAUGAAAGUGUUUAAGGAGGGGGGGGGGGGUUUAGAUCAGGGCUCUCAAAUUGUCCCACACUACGCUCCUACAAUGAAACGGAACACAAAAACACAACUUGUGCCUCCGAAGUUCAUGUAUGGAACCGUUUAUGAAUCAUUUGAUAGUGACACCAGAAUGCAGGCAAUGAAUAGAUAAGCGUUGUACUUUUUUGCUUUACACUGUAUGUUCAUGCCCAGGUGCACACAGGUAGACAAAUAGAAUUGAUCGGAUCGAUGAUAAACUGUCCGCAUUAGGAUCCGUCUGUCCAUUUCGAAUACAGGCUUGUCCCGAUUAGGGUCACGGGUGAUCUGGAGCCUGUCCUUUAGGCGAGAGGCGGGCCAAAUUCUGGACUACGGCCGCUAGUCAAUGGCAGGACGCAUACUCGCAUUCACACCUUUGGGCACUCUAAACACUGUAAUCGACUUAAGAAUCGAGUUUUGGAGAUUUGGGAGGAAGCCGAAGGACCCGGUGAAAACCCCGAGUUGGACGUCCAGCCACGAGCUCACCGUGCUGCCUGCCAUUAGAUGAGUGAUUCUCACCUGGUGGGUCCAAUUGAAUUUAGACUCAAUUUUGGGUCCCGGGUGGACAAAAAAAAAAAAUGUUUCAGUACAGUACAGAGGUGUGCCAAGCUCCCACAUGUAACGUAUUAGCCAAGCCACAGGAAGUGUUACUUCCUUGUUCUCUAGCCACUAGUUAACUCUUUAAAGAAGAUUGCUUCCUCACUUAUUCUGUCAGAAAAAGAUUUGCCAAAACAACACACACACACACACACACACACAUUGCUAUCACGUGCAAAGGCACCCAAAAGGAUUGAAUCUAAAAUGGAAGGAAACAUCCAUUUUCUUUUACCGCUUCUCCUCACGCGGGUCGCGGGCGUGCCGGUGCCGAUCCCAGCUAUCUUUGGGCAGGAGGCGGGGUACAUCCUGAACUGGUCGCCAGCCAAUCGCAGGGCACAGAGAAACAAACAACCGUUCACACCUACGGGCAAUUUAGAGUCUUCAAUCAACCUACCGCGCAUGUUUUGGGGAUGUGGGAGGAGAAAAGCCACGCAGGCACGGGGAGAACAUGCAAACUCCACACAGGCGGGGCCGGGAUUUGAACCCCGGUCCCCAGAACUGUGAGGCACAUGUGCUAACCGCUCAAGGAAACAGAAAACUUUGAUAUUUCGCUCACGUUAAGCAAACACAAUUCGAAAAACAUUGUGAUGAAGCCCUUUGGUUCCCACCACUCCACUCUCUGUUUCUACUCAGUCGGUCGACUGUUAGCCGCUAUUACGUUGUCACUUUAGCAUGUUUCAAGAACCGUUCUAAGAAAUCAUGCUGUAGCGUUGUGUAACAGGAAGGCGGAUUUAUUGUCUUGUAUUGAAGUAAUCUAGCCAGAGAACCUUUCCAAUGUUCUGGCCACAUUUCCUGCCGUCACAUACACGUGCCGUGAACAUGCGUUUCAUGUUACAUGUCACAUGUCACAUUUUCUCACGUGUUAACAUUUUCUUCUCUACUGCAUGCCUCGCUUAAUGGCUGAGAAUCGUGUGUUCCGCAACGGUCCCGUCGAAAUGCAAAUGUCACGGGGAGGCAGCGUCUUAGGCCAUGUUAAGUUGUACCCGUCGUUUAUCACAGCAAAGAUGUAUUAGGUUUAUAUUUGAUAGGGAGGGAAAUCCUAUAAAUCCAUUUGUUGUACCCGUUUUCCACCACAACUCUUGGGAGAACAUUCCAGGUGGUUCCAAUGAGACAAGAAUUUAGUUGCCAAAAUGAUAUUUCUCAAAGCCCGGUGGCCCUCCGACAAGCUCCGCAAAAAAAAAAAAAAAAUCGCUUUGGCACAAAAUUCAAAAUCGAACGUUCUCAGGCUUAUGAAAACCAGCGGUGCGGUCGAUGUUGGCAAAGACCCCCAGGUCGGUCGGUGCGUGCGUGUGUGUGUCCGUGCUAUGAAUUAUUCAAUAAAUCCACAUUUGAAUAGAGCCACAGGGAUAAGAAUAGCGCUGGCCAGCUAAUUGGCCCCUCAACUUUUGAAUUCAAGUUGUUUUAACGGAAUGUUCGGGUCAGAAUAAAGCUUUUUCCAAACAGUUGAUGCAUCCAAAGAGUCAGCCGAGGUGGAGUCAAUCACUCCUGGACAACGAUGGCUGACCAUUUAAUUGUAUGACAAAGUAACGGGACCCCUAAACCUAAGAACUGGUCGGGCCACCCUCAGCAGCAACAACUGAAAUCAAGCGUUUUCUAGAACUGGCAACGAGUGGCAAAUGCUCGUCUCUUCAGUCCAUAGAAUAUUGUCCCAAAAGUCUUGAGAUUUUUUUUUUUGUUGUUGUUGUUUUUUUUGGGUGAGGGCGUGCAAAAGUAAGAAUGGCCUUUAUAUUCUUUUUGGUCAACAGUGGUUUCCGUGCGAGAACUCUGCCAUGAUGCCAAUUUUGCCCGGUUUCGUCGUUACAGUCGAAUCAUUAACACUGAGGCAAGGGAGGCCUGCAGUCCUCGAUAGGUUGAUGUCCCGGGUUCCUUUGUGACCUCUCCUGGAUAAGUCCUCGCUGUGCUCUUGGGUUAAUUUCCGUCGGCCGCCGUUGCAUGUUUCAUUCGUGCGUAAUGUCUCUCACCGUGGCUCGCCGGAGUCCUAAAGCUUUGGAGACGGCUUUGUAGCCCUUGCAGAUCGUGGCAUUUUGUUAACAGUUUUUUUUUAGAUCUUCUGGCCGACUUCAUUGUGGUUUCUUGACUGAACAGGUCUGGAUGUAAUCAGGAUUGGGUGCGCUCAGAGAAAAUGAACCAAAACAUGCGAUUAGCCACAUUUGAGUCAUGAUUUAACAAGGGAGUAAUUACUUUUGCACACAGGGCCCGCAGGUAACUUUGAAUCGUUUUGUUGUUGUUUAUUAAAUAAAAUCAUUUCAAAACUG